AUGUCCACCAAUACUGAUCCAAAGACAAAUAAGCCACGCAAGUUUGUUGUGGUUGUUCCUGAACUGUUUUUAGAAACAAAGGAGUCUCUGUCACAACUGAAAGCACAACGAAAAGAACAACAGAAACUACUACAAAAACAGAAACUAAUUCAAAUAAGAGAGAAAAGGAAACGGAAAUCACAAAAACAAAAGAAAGCAUCGUCAAGAUCGCAAGCACCUAGUCAAGAACAUCAACUACACCAGCAGCAGCAGCAGCAGGUUCAAACAGGAAAUCAGGAAAUAGCAAAUGAUCAGCAUCAUCAACAACAACAACAUCAGCAGCAACAACAACAACAACAUUUCCAUAACCAAGGGACUGGCCAUAAUUAUGCAUUAGGGUUCAUACAACCUACAUUUGAUUCUCAAUACCCCAACAAGUCACCAAAUGUUUUGGCUUCUACAGACUCGCUGUUCCCAAGACUUUCAUCAUACGACUUGAAAUCAAAAGAUUCAAAAUAUAAACGAUGGACACCAAGAAUGGAUCAACUUUUGAUCAAAUUGUUGAGUGACGUUGUCCAUUCGUACCCAAGAGGUGCUGAACCGGAAAUGAACAAAAAAGCUUGGUUGUAUGUAUGUAAACAAUUACGGUAUGCCAACCCGGAGACGGUGUACUCGACAUAUUCCAAAUAUUCAGUUCUGCAACAUUUGAGUAAUGUGAUUCAGCACCGUUAUAAGAUCUGGUUUCAAUUAAUGGUUCAUUCUAAAACCAUUACUACAGGGUAUUCAUACAAAUGGAAUCUGACCUUGGGGAGGUUUGAAAUAAUUGAUUUGAUCACUCAAAGUUUGAUAUUAGAUUCACGACAAGUGAAACUGAUUCUUUAUGGCAAUACAUUGAGUUUACCUGACUUGUCACAAUACAACAAAAGUGCAAUAAUCACCAAUGAUUUCUUCCUUAGUGACAAUUUGGGGUAUAUGUCGGUUUAUCAUAAUGAAAUACUACCAGUAUUGGCAAAGUUAGAUAGCAAAUACAUUGAAGAUAUUGGGAUAGAUGGAGAUAUUUAUACUAAAGUGCCAAAGUUCGAUUAUCCUGAGGGUCACAAUGAGUAUUUUAAACCUCUAGUUCCGGCCAAGAAACCCUCGAAUAAACGCAAGAAGCCGGAAGUAUUCCGACAGUAUUUGCAGACAAACGGGUUGCACCAGUAUAUUGAGGACGAUGAUCAAGUGGGUAGUUCUUCUACUGGAAUGCUUCAACAGUUCAGAAGAACUCUGGAAGAGCCCAUUCCUCUAGUAUUUAAGGAACCAAUAGUGGAUCCAUCAUUGAGAAAUACAAGAAUUGAUGCAAAUAGAAGUCGCCUCUCCUCACAACGAUCACAGCCACCACAGCCACCACAACCACCACAGCCACCACAGGAACCACAACUUCAUACUUUCAGACCAAUGCAGCAAUCGCAACAACAGUUACACCAAUCGUUCUCAGCACACCCGCAACAAAAUCAGAAUCACCACCAAGAGGUCCAAAUGAGCAUAGAAAUUGAGAAUGCCUUAGCUUCAGCUGCCAAAGCUGCAUCAGACUCUCCAUCCGCAAGAGCAAACAAAGACUCUACACCCUAUUAUCUUAAAGAUGCAAAAUGGUUCAAUAAGUUGCUUCAACUUUAUGACUCGGGUCAUAUUCGUGCUGAUGAGGUAUUGUGCGUUUGUGAAGGGGUACGAGAUAAUAAAAUUCCAUUAUUUAUGUUGAACGUGUUGGACCAUGGGUAUUACCCCACAAGGACCCCCAACAACCAACCCGCAAGAGCUCAUAGUGAAGAGAUACUGGACGAGGAAACUGCGAACAGAAUUAGAGAUUUUAUGUUGCCAAUGGUAUAUAAUAGCUGA